AAACAGCAUUGGCAUUGAACGAAUGCAAACGGGUGAGUAUUGAAGCGAUUGAACGUGUUAUGUCAAACACACGUCAUCAAGACAUUCAACGACUUUAUUUCAAAGCGUCUCACAACCCCAAACAUAGCCGGUGGUACUGAGAUUUGCAUUAUACACGAAAUUAUUCCGAUUCGGAUCAUUUUCCAAUUAGAUAUUUUUAGUGCUAAAGUCAGAGACUUGAUUGCAGUAAAAAGAGUGGCAAAACUUCAGACUAAUUAGGUUGAUUUGUUUGUGAUAGUGAAAUGAUUGGUUGACUUCGCGCACUGUGAAAUUCCGAUGGUUUGACGUUUGUCCAAAGCGGUCACAAUUUUGCUGAUACAUUAGAAAGCAUUGAAAUCCACAGCAUCGAAGAUGACAACCAAAAUGAAAGUUGAUUUCGUACCAAAUGCAUUUGGUCUGUACGAUUUGCCGGAUGAAAUUCUACUGCCAAUGAUGAUUCAUUUGGAUGACUCGACUCUGUUCAACAUGACGCUCGUGUGCCAUCGAUUCCGAGCCAUUGCCAAAGAGGCAUUCAGCAAAAAGUAUACCGGCGAUGGGGACAAAUUCUUCAAUUUGGAAGUCAAUGGCACGAAUGCGAUUGCAGACAAGACAGAAUAUCACCCGUUUUUUGCCACUUUCGGAGAGAAUAUGGCCGCAAUUCACAUCAAUUAUUCUGAUCCACCAGGCACAACGGUCGACCGUAAUCACUGGCUCAUUGAUGAGAUACAAAAUUGCUGUACAACGUUGACCCAUUUUUGCAUUGUUAGAGGAGGAAAGGUCAACUUGACCGAGUUCAUUCGUUGGGUACCAUCACUGUCUCACCUGUAUUUGGAGAACAUGACGUUGCUAAGUCAAUCCUGGUCUCGAUUCACCUAUCCUCGACUGGUUUGCUUUCAUAUGUCCGAUGUAGAUUGGGAGGAAAAGCAUUUGAUUCAGUUCAUCAGCAAAAAUCCCCAAUUGGAAGAACUUAACAUAUCAGAUAAUUUUAUGGAGACGAACAUGGAUUUCGUUUAUGCAUUCGCCAAGUUACCGAAAUUAAAAUCACUGCGUCUCAAUUUCCAUGGGUCCGAAGAUCUUGAGGAACAAUCGAGCUUAAUUAAAAUGGACAGUUUAACAGCGUUUCAGAUAUUUACCAGUGAUGCAUCAUGUAUGCAGAUUUUGAAAGCGAUGAAACCGUGUCAAAAUCUGGUGAAAAUCGACAUGCGGGCGUUCGGAUCAUGGGAUGAAAGUGUUUUCAUCACAAUUUGCCAAUUUAAAAAAUUGGAAUCGCUCAAAAUAUCCGCGUACGAUUUAAAACUGAAACAUUUGAAGCAAAUUGUCGAACAGUUGCCAAACUUAUCAAAGCUGAAAUUGGCUGAUAUUGAAGAUGACGAUGACUCCGAAAUUUACGACAAUUUGUUGCAAACCAUCUGGAUGUGCAUAAAAUUGUCACAACUGGAGAUUAGCUUCGACGAUGAUGAUGAUUGGCCUGAGUUCGACUAUCAUUUCAUCGCUGAGUUGGCCGAAAUCACUAAGCGCAAUUCGUUGAAAAUCACACUGGAAUCGUUCAACACUCCGUCAAAUCGAUUGACUUCGCACAAUGGUGAAGUCCGACAUAGGGACGCAGUUUUGUUUUGGAGUGGCUAUGAUCCGAUUCACAGCCAUUCAAGAGCCAAUUUGCUGGAUUUGAAUGAGAAAUGCCUCCAGAAAAUCAUUUCGCUGUUGAACAUCACCGAUCAGAGCGCUUUGUUCAACACCUGCACAAGAACACAACAGGCGGUGAAGAACAUCGUUUUGCAAAGCACCCUCCAAGUGUCACUUCGCCUGAUGAGUAUGAGAUCCCUCAAAGAGGAUGUAUUUCAAACGUUGGGACAGUACAUUCAUCGCGUUCGAGUUAAGGAAGGCUUCAAGCGAGUGGACCAGGAAGCAACGUACUAUAUCAGUGCAUUCGAGUUGUACAAGCACCUCAAUCAAUACUGCUCGAACUUGGUCGAAUUGAACGCAGAAAAUAUCGAUGAACACAUCUUCGAUCUAUUUAAUCAUCCAUGGCCGAACGUAAACAAAAUCAAAAUUACAUCAUGCAAUUCAGAAGGAUAUGAAAAUUUGUGCGGGUUCGAUUGUCCGAAGUUGACGCAUUUGGAGAUUGGUUACAUCGAGCUGGACGCUCAUCCCAUGCGAUUGGAUCACGAGAAUUGCUUCAAACAUUUGACCGUGUUGAAGUUUGGUUGCUACAACGACAGCGUCGACAGUUUCCUGAUGGGCUUAGAUGAUGACAUUUGUCAGCAAAUGCAAGAACUACAAGCUAGCAAUAUCACCAGCGGCUAUAAGUCCAAGAACAAGAAAGAUGAAGAGGAUGAAGACUCAGAUGGCUCUAUUCCAUACUAUCGUAGGGUGCGAGGUCCAUCGAAUCAACACUUGGUUCGUCUCGUCACACGGUUUAGAAACCUAUCCACAUUACGACUUCUCGUUCGCGGCGUUGAAAAGAAUAACACUCAGCUCAUAUUCGAAAAUUGCGCAAAAUUAGUUCAUUUAUCAAUCUGCUGCAAUGAAAGCUCAGCAGCUAUGUUUGGACAAAUUAAGAAGAAUUGCAAACAAAUCGAAUCGAUUGGAAUAGUCAGUGAGCCAAAAAGUAAUGCAUUCGAACGUAAUUUCUUGAAGAAAGUCUACGGACUCUUCCCGAAAGGUGUUGUCGAACUAUUUUACAGUGAUGGCAAAACGAUAUUCCCAAUCACCGUCGAUCUAACGGCAGAUAUCCCGUCGUCACUUAAUUUUUCCUAUUGAAAUGCUCAGCUAUUCUAAAUAGAAUCGAUAUGCGAAUGCGAGAAAUAAAAAUCCAUAGAAACAUGUUUCAUAAAAUAAGAUUAUAUCUAAAAUAAGCGGCGACGUUCAGUUGAGACAAUGUAUACUCAGAAGGAUUUUUUUAUUGUUAAAGUCUAAAUUCAAAUUCUUUCAUGUGAUCAUUAAUAAAAGACAAAUAAGUUUGCUUAAACUAGAUAAAGAAAUACUGCGCAGAGCAGCUCAUUCGAAAUAUGUUGUUUUCAAUACAUUGUUAAAGGAAUUGAACAUGAUUGAAAAUCAACACUUCCUUAAAGAUAAUUAAAUGAAAAUACGCUGGAAUUUCAAACUAAAA